AUGUCUUUAUUCGACGAAAAGACAGGCGUCUUUGAGGAACAGUAUGGCGGACUUCUUUACAGUUAUGACUCGGAGAUGCUGUUGGUCCAGCCUUGGUCUGACCACGCCUUUCGUAUCCGCGCCACAAAGCUGAAUGCAUUCCCCGAGGCGGACUGGGCACUGGAAGAUAAGUCAAAGCGACACACAAAGACCAAGUUCAUCGUCAAGAUACAAAAAGACGGUGCAACCAUAACAAACGGGGACAUCGUAGCCCACAUAUCUCAGACUGGCAAGUUGACAAUCCGCAACCGCAGUGGAAAAGUCCUUCUCGAGGAGUUCGCCAGGAACCGUCGCAAUAUCCUGGACUCAAAGUGCAGUGCUAUCGAAAUUGAACCUCGGGAGUUCAAGGCUAGGCAAGGUACCGAUGAGUUCCACCUGACCUGGCGCCUCGAAUCGCUCGACCGUGAUGAGAAAAUCUACGGUAUGGGACAAUAUCAACAACCAUUCCUGGACUUGAAAGGACAGGAUCUUGAGCUUGCGCAUCGCAAUUCUCAGGCUAGUGUUCCUUUUGCAGUAUCGUCACUGGGAUAUGGUCUGUUGUGGAACAACCCAGCUGUGGGAAGAGCGAUCCUGGGUAAUAAUGUCAUGUCUUUCGAAGCUUUCUCUACCAAGUGUCUGGAUGUCUGGAUCGUGGCAGGUGAUUCUCCGGCAGCGAUUGUUGAAAGCUAUGCCGGCGUGAGUGGCACGGUCCCGAUGAUGCCCGAGUAUGGUCUCGGCUUCUGGCAAUGUAAAUUGAGAUACCAGAGUCAAGAAGAGCUUCUCGAGGUUGCGCGUGAAUACAAGCGAAGAAACCUUCCUAUUGAUCUGAUCGUUAUCGACUACUUCCACUGGCCACUACAAGGUGACUGGAAGUUCGACACUACUUACUGGCCAGAUCCACAAGCCAUGGUCAAGGAACUAGAGUCGCUGGGGAUCGAGCUGAUGGUCUCCAUCUGGCCGACAGUCGACCGUCGAAGCGAGAAUUACAGUGAGAUGCUAAAGCAAGGAUACCUUGUCCGGACUGACAAGGGCAUUCGCAUAACCAUGGACUUUGAAGGAUAUGGUCUCUUCUACGAUGCCACCAAUCCCAAAGCCCGCUCAUACGUGUGGGAGAAGGCCAAGGCCAAUUACACCAAGUACGGUAUCAAAGCGUUCUGGCUCGAUGUGGCCGAGCCAGAAUACACUGCAUACGACUUUGACAACUAUCGAUACUGGCUCGGCAACAACCAGAGUGUCGGAAAUGUAUAUCCAAGAGACUAUGCCCGCACAUUCUACGACGGACAAGCAAGAGAAGGCCAGGAAGAUAUCGUCAAUCUCCUGCGCUGCGCCUGGGCAGGAAGUCAGAAAUACGGCGCACUGGUCUGGAGCGGCGACAUUGCAUCCUCAUGGUCCAGCUUCCGCAAUCAGCUUGCAGCGGGUCUAAACAUGGGAAUGGCAGGAAUACCAUGGUGGACGACCGACAUUGGUGGCUUCCACGGCGGUAACCCAGACGAUGAAGAAUAUCGAGAAUUGUUCGUCCGGUGGUUCCAAUGGGGUGCUUUCUGCCCCGUGAUGAGACUCCACGGUGAUAGGGAGCCUCGUCAACCACAACAAGACACUACCGGCGGAGCAACUUGCAGAUCCGGCGCUCCGAAUGAGGUAUGGUCUUAUGGCCCUGUGGUGUACAAGAUCUGUGAGAAGUACAUGCGAAUUCGCGAGAUGCUGCGGGAUUAUACCCGUGAGUUGAUGCGCGAUGCUCACGAGAGAGGUUCACCAGUCAUGCGACCUCUGUUCUAUGACUUUCCGAAGGAUGAAAAGUGUUGGAGUCAUGGCGUGGAGGAUCAAUUCAUGUAUGGUUGGAAGUAUCUGGUUGCCCCAGUUUUGAGUGCAUCGCAGAAGAAGCGUUCGAUUUAUUUGCCUGCCGGAGAAGUGUGGAGAAUGCUAGACUCUGAGCAGACUUUCAAAGGCGGCAGGACGGUCGAGAUCGACUGCCCAAUGGAGUCGAUGCCGGUCUUUGUGCGUCAGUAG